AAAGAUCCUUGGAGAAAUCAGCAGUUUUUACUACGACUAAUCCCGGUGGCGGGGCCCGCGAGCGUCGCCUUGCAAAACGGAAACAGACGAAACACCAGGAUGAAAGCGGCUUUGUGGUCCGAUCCGGGGCGAUCUCAAACUCGGAUCAAACGGAUCCCUCCCACCUCCCCAGAACCCGAAGAGGACAAAAUCCCUCCCUUCCCCUCGGAUGGUGGCCAAGAGGGGUCGCUCCGGAGGCCGCCGCCGCCGGCUAUCCCGGGCGGCCCGCAACCAUUGCCCUUUUAAGGGGUAGCUUGAAACCGCGCCUGGGCUCCAUGUUUGUAUCAGAAAAUCGUGAAGAGGGAACUCCAUGUUGUAACAAAGUUUCCUCCGCCGCUGCCUUUUUCUUUUCCCCCUUUUUUGUUUUGUUUUUCCCCUUUCCCCAUCUCCCCCCGCCCCUCCCCCACCCUUUUAUUUUCCCCUUCCGUUUUCAUUUCCUUUUCUUUUUUAAAAAAGCUCCCCGCCAACAAAAAAAAAACAACCCCAGCACCUCAACAACAAUCUGUUAACUCCUGGAAAAUUCCUCAAAGCGGCGGAGACACAAUUGGAAGGAGGGAAGAGAGAGAGCGCUCUGCCCUUCUGGUCUAAUGGACAGCGGGUCCAUUAUCACCCAGGUUAGCAAGGAAGAGGUGAACACGCCUCUGCAGGAGAAAGGUGCUCAGAACCCAUCACCUUCCAAGAAGCCCAGGAACCGCAGCAUCUUCCAGUCCCUCUUCUGCUGCCUUUGCCAUGACAACUCGGAGCCUAUCCCUGUCAACAACAACGCCCCACUCCUGGUGGAGGAAAAUGGAUCGGUGCCCAAGGCUACUGUCAAAUACCUCCUGCCAGAAACCAAGCCUCAAGAUUCCAGCAAAAUCUGUGUGGUCAUUGACCUGGAUGAGACAUUGGUACAUAGCUCCUUUAAGCCGGUGAACAAUGCAGAUUUCAUCAUCCCAGUGGAGAUUGACGGGGUCAUGCACCAGGUGUAUGUCCUGAAGCGACCACACGUGGAUGAGUUUCUACGACGGAUGGGUGAGCUCUUCGAGUGUGUGCUCUUCACCGCUAGUCUGGCAAAGUAUGCAGACCCCGUAGCUGACCUGCUGGAUAAGUGGGGAGCCUUCCGUGCCCGCCUCUUCCGCGAGUCAUGCGUCUUCCACCGUGGAAACUACGUCAAGGACCUCAGCCGCCUGGGCCGCGACCUGACACGGAUCAUCAUAGUGGACAAUUCACCUGCUUCUUAUGUCUUCCACCCAGAUAAUGCUGUGCCUGUGGCUUCGUGGUUUGACAACAUGGCUGACACGGAGCUCCUGGACCUGCUGCCAUUCUUUGAGAGACUCAGCAAAGUGGACGACGUCUAUACAGUGCUAAAGCAGCACCGGACUAGCAGCUAGUGACCGCAGGGGAGCUUUGGGCAGGGGAGAGGAGAGGAGGGGCGUUUGCCCGUCUCAGCUGCUUCCCUUUCAUUGAGCAGGACAGCCUGCUCCUUCCCUCAGCCUAGCCCCUGGCAGCCUCAACGCACAGUGCAGAGCACAAGAAACCCUGCAGGGGGCAUCAUCAGAGAGCGCUUGUUUCCGUGGUGCAGCAGGACAGGACCCCUCUCUCUCAGUGUCCGAGUGUGACCUUCAUCUCCAGAGAGAGGAAGCCCCUUUCGACGCUGUGUUUUUAACGGUUUGCCCCCUUGAAUAAUGGGCUGAGGAGACUAGGACCUCAGCCCAGUUUUCCCUGCCCCUCUCAUACCAAGUGGGACCAAACCUGUGGUCCUUUCUCCUCUAAUCAAGGGGGGGAAACCAGAACCCUACCCCAUUCCCCUGCCACCAGGUCGGGGGUGCUACACAAGAACCGGUCCCAGGUACCCACUGCAUCUUGCCACUGUUUGCAUCUUCUCCUCCUAUUUCUUUAUUAGGUGUUGAGGCCUAGGUUUCUGGGCUUAUAAGUGUCCCAGCUCUGUUUGUGGUGGUGGCGGCCACUGACUUGACUGGAGGCAGGGAGAGACCCCAGGUGGGAAGUAUCUGAGAGAAGUUGGGAUGGGGAGACGAAAGAGAACAGGCAGGACUCAGGAUAAAGCGGGGGCUGGAAAGAUGUGGGGAAAUACAAAGUGGAUUGAACAUUUAGAGGGACUCUGUUGCAUCUUGUCAAAGAGAGAGGGCAUUUCUGCUUCAGAAAGACAGGCAAAGCUGGUGGGUUUCGGCUGAACGUUUGAGGGGGUCCUAAACUGGAUGCAGCUUAUUUGGCAUUGUUGAAUAAGUUUUCUCCUUUGGGGUGCAUACUGGAUUUGAGUUGUUUCUCCCUCCCCUUGGUGGAGAAAAUCCUGAUUUGGAGAGGAAAAUCCCAAGUUUUACUUAAUGUUUUGGAACUGGUAGCAACCCAACAGAGGGGAAAAAGAGAUACUUGAGGAGCGAGAGGGAAGAAAUUGGUGUGUUUGGGGAGGAGAGAAGCUUUUCUCCACUGAGACGCAAGAUAAAACUAGCUCUGUCAGUUUUGUCAACAGGGCCCUGUGACAGGUGCCUUGAGAGGGGAGGGAGUGACCAAUCCAGUGGUUAUACCAGCCCCAGAUCGCCUGCCUUAACCCCAUCCUUCAUUCUAUCUGGAGAGAAUGCCUGAAGCUGUGAUUUCUUGGAGCAAGAGAAAGAUGGUUCACAAUAUCAAUCGCUAGUAGAGAAGGGGGUCUGAGAUGAGAGAUGGGUUUGUGAAGAUGGCUGAGAGGAAAGUAAGUGCUACUGGUUGAUCUGUGCUAGGGAGGAAGGCCGCCACCUUGAACAAUCAGGUUUGACCCAGAAUAAAUUCUUCAAAGACUCUGAGGCUUAAAAGUGUGGGUUGGUGACACUGACCUGCAGUACCCAUGUAUGACUCACUCCAGUUGUCCUCCUUAAUGCUUUUCUAUAUUCUACGCCAGCCCUGAGCUUUUCUUCCUUCAGCCUCUGGCUUUUCCAAGGCCUAUUCUUCAGCUCCUUCAACUCAGCCCUUCCUGUGAUCAUAAAUCACAUAUGCAUAGGCCAUACAGGGAGAGGGGUCAAUCUCUUUCUCUGCCGCUGUGGGUUUAUUUGUUUUCCUCUUAUGCUGUAGUGCCUUCAAACCUUACAAGGCAUUGAGGUGCAACUCUUGCCUUUGGGCUGUGGUUGGAAUUCUCCUCCUGGACUUUUGAGGCAUGUGGGGGAAAUUGUGCCUUUUGGAAGUGAUGGACCUGUUGGUAUCCUAAAGAGACAAGAGUGGAUGGACACACAAUGCUGGGUUGUGCUGGCGGCUGGCGCCUCUGUUUCCAAUGCUUUGCCGACAGUCCAGCCACUUCAAGUUCCCAAAGGUGGUUUUGGCCAAAAUCAAGCUGGCCGUUCCUUCCCUUUGAACCAUAUUUCCCCCCCCCCACUUUGCCCAGCAGCUUUGACAGCCUGUUUUUCAAAAGGAAAGAGAAUCUUUAAGUCAGAGUAGAAUUGCCUUGGUCCUCUGCCAAUCUGUUCUGCAAGAUAAUGGAUUUGCCUUGGUUUCUUUCCAGUGCCACUCUGAAUUUGCCUUAAAAUGUUUUUUGGAUACAAGAAAACCUUGUGCCUUUUUUUUUUUACUAUUGUUCUUGGCUGUUUUUUUAAGAAAGGACAUGAUGCCAGGGCUCUUCAGAGCCUCAGCCCAUUCAGGAUGGAAUGUUUCAGGAAUGGGGCAGGAUUUGGCUCUCAGUAGCGGCUCCUGGAGUUGCCCAUUGAGUCAGAGCAAAGCGCCAUGCUGAACCUCACUGCCAGGGUGCAAGCAAGCAGUCCUUUGCAGCAAACUAUGACCUUCUAUUUAAAUCUUACUAAAUUGCUGUUGUAACAUAGUUGAAGUACCUCAUCACUGCCAGAUUGGACAUUAUGGGGGAUGCUGGAUGCUUAGAAGCCUUUGAGCAUGGGGUGGCAUUCAUUAACACAGCAGCAGGGAACCUCUGCCCUUCCAAAUGCCAUUGGAUUUCAAUUCCCAUCAGCCCUGGCCAAUGGUCAAGGUAGAUGGGAAUUGCAGUCCAGCAACAAUUGGAGGGCCGUUCCUGCUUCUAGCAGCUACUGCAGGUGUGGGGAGCUUUUGCCCCUCUAGAUGUUGCUGAACUACAACCCCCAGCAUCCCUGGCCAUUGGCCAUGCUUGCAGCACCUGGAAGGCCAAAGCUUCCCCACACCUGAGCUGAUGCUGGAUUUAUCCCUCUGGAAUGUGCAAUGUUUAGUAUUGCCAAAUUUAAAACCAAGCAAUGAGAGCAGGCAGGAGGGAAAUAUCUUUUCAGAAAAAUUUUCUUGUGUAUAAAAGUUUUUUUUUCAGUGGAACAGUAAAAAUAAGACUACCAUAACACACACAUACACCUCCCCUCUCCAUUGAAAUCCCAAGCAUUCCCUAGAAAGAAAAUGUUCUUAAACAAAAAAAAUUAUCCCUCCUUUUUCUUUCCUUUUUGUUUCUUGCAUAUUUGUAGCGUUUAUGCCAAUAGGAUGCAGGAUACGCAUGAUCCAUAGUCGCUCCUUGGGAUGCCUGAGGAAGGUUGCAGGUUCUUACAUGAAAAGCCCUGAUUUGCAUCUCCUCGGCUCACGGAUGGAUCGAAACAGCUCCCCACAGCCCUUCUUUGAAUGUGCAACACAGUUCUCUCAGCAUUUUAAAUGUAUAAAUAGGUAUUUUGAGAGAAAAUGCACAUUUAAAUAUGUAUUUAAAUAGUGAACUUUCAAAUGACUUUUUUAUUUAAAAGCAAGGGUAAAAUCAUGCCAAAGUGGCACAAAACGAAAUAGAGAAGAUUCCUAGGCAUAAUAUCUUUUAAACUAAUCUGUACCAAAGUCAACUGAAAUUAACAACAAAGAGUUUUGUGGUACCUUAGGUGCUAACACUUUGUUGUUUUUACAGCAGUCUAAGAUGCAAACCACUCUUGGGGCUGUGGGGGAAUUGCGGCUGUAACCGAAUGCACCCUUUCUUGAGAGACAUGUUCCAUUUAAUGCAGUGGGGCUUGCUUCUGAUUAAACUUCCACGGAGUUGCUCUGCAUGUCUCUUUGUUUUUGCCUCUGAGUUGAAGUUGCCACAAACACCAGUCUGCUCUACCCAGUGCUCUCCCAUUGGAGUAGCUACAUUUGGCCAAGUUUGUACCAUCCAAAUUGCAUCAAAUUCCACUGGCCUCUCCAGUCUCUUGCAGCGUGGUAUGGCAGAAACUCUUCAUCCUUCUGCACAGAACAUUCAGCAAUUGUUCUAGUCUGGCAGUGUUGAGGUGCUCGUUUACUCAAGGCCGUGAGUCACUCAUGAUCUGCAAUGCCCAACAGACAAAACGCUCCUAGUCUGAGCUUCAUCCAGACAAGCCCUCUGUGUGGGGAGUUGCCCUGUGCAUCCCCACAGAAAAAACAUAUUUUUAUUUUUUACAGAAUGUGGAAAGAAGAAUUUUAACUGGGCACAUUUUUAGAUUAUAUAAAUAUGUAUAAUGUGUAUAUAUUUUAGGAAAAAUGGAAAACAAAAAAACAAUGAAGCGGGAUGGGGGGGGAGGGAAACCAUCUGAGGAUUUUUAUAGCUGUAUUUUUAACAACGUUCCUGGGAGAUGGUGAUUGUUUUUGUGUGGUUGGUUGCCAUUAUUCUUGGUGUAAAAGGUGCGAGUGAUCUUUGCCCAUGAGUGGACACCUCUGUCAGAGAGUAUGCUCCCCCUUCUCCAAAAGCCUGCCGAUUUCCCCUUCCUCAUUUUUAACACAUCAAUAAGCUCAGCAUUAAUUAAGCUUAGUUUGCCAGUAGUUAGGAUAAGACACUUACUUCACCUUUAAUUUGUUUUUCCACCUGCAUCAGAUUAUGGAAGAUCCAAACCUGUUCACAUCUCCCUUUCCCUGUUUUGCUACAGACACAUUCUCUGUUUCUUUCCAUCCACCUCUACCCCCUUCUCACUGGAUGCUAGCUAUUUACACCAAAAAUGAUACUUGCGGAGGCAGUAGCUAGCAAGCCCAUCCUUAACAGGGGAAUGGCUUUUGCUCAAGAGUGAAGCUAUUCUCCUUUUUCCAUUAAAUUGCACCCCUCUCUCCUCUCAUUUAUUUUCUUCGCAGCAAAGGAGAGAGAGUAGAAGAGUACCGGGGAACCUGAAGCCCUCCAGGCAUUGCUGGACUCCGACUCCCAUCAUUCCUGACCAUUGGCAGUGCUGGCUGGGGCUAAUGGGAGUUGGAGUCCAGCAAGAGAGAGUCACAGGUUCCUCAUGCCUGGGGCAGAGAUUCAGUGACAGCGAGCAAGUUCAACGCAGUAUUGGGGAAACUCCAUGCUUUAUUGGGAAAAGUAAAAGCUGAUAACCUUUUCAGUGCCAACCUGGAAACUACAAAGAGCCACAAGUUUUCAACUAGCCAUGUCACUAUGCCUCAUUUUGCCCUCUUGAGUUUUCGGGGGUGACAGAGAAAGUUGUCCCUUCAGAUUCUCACGCCACAAGCUUCUUAUUGAAGCUAUGCCUUACUGCCCUCUGGAAGGUCCUUAAUGCAGGUUGGCAAGGGGUAGAAUGUGGCCCUUCAGAUGUUGCUAGACUACAACUCCCAUCAUCCCUGGCUAUUGGCUGAGGCUGAUGGUAAUUGGAGUCCAACAUGUUUCCCCAUCCCUGCCUCAAUGCCUAGCUCCCCCCCCCCACGAGCGAUUGCCUUUGGAGGAGGAGAUGGAGAUCCUCUCCACUCACACCUGUUCAGACUCAUGCUGUGUAUCUUCUGUUGACCACAAGCUGAUCUUUUUUAACAAAUGGAAGAGAGAGUGUAAGAAAAUCACAAUUCCAGAUCAAAAGUGCCUUUUUGUGUGAUUCAAACUGUAAAAUAAUCUUUAAAGAAAAAAAUUACAAACUCAUGAGAACA